AUGGAAGGUGACGUAGAGGCGAAUGGCGAUGCCAACGGGGAGAUUUUAGGGCCUUGCUUGACUGGCUAUGUAGACGACGGUAGCCCAGAGAGCCACAGAUACUACCUGUCACGCAGAACCGUGCUGGAGAUGAUAAGGGACAGAGGCUAUUCUGUUCCAAGCUCAGAAAUCGACCUCUCUCUCCAAGAAUUUCGAGCCCUUCACGGCCAGAAUCCGGAUGUUGAGCGCCUCCGCUUCUCCGCUACUCAUCGCACUGACCCUUCUGACAAGAUUAUGGUCAUUUACUGCGGGCCUGGUAUCGUGAAGGUUAAUGUGAUUCGUGGGCUGCAUUCUCAGAUUGCUAAUAAAGACACUUUGAAUGGGCUCAUAUUAAUUACCCAAAACCAAAUAACAAGCCAAGCUCUAAAAACUAUGGAACUUUACCCAUUUAAAACUGAAAUAUUCCAGGCACAAAGGAUAAAGGGAAAUGCAAUUUACGCAGGUGCUUUUGAAAAGCAUUUCACAAUAGCUUUUUAA